UCAAUUUAUCAAAAUAGUAGGAUACUUUCGACCUUUAGCCUUUAGCUGCUGUAGUUUUUCACUACUCAGCAUUAGUACAUUCAAAAUGUGGAAAGUUUUCCUUAUCUUCGUCCUGGCUAGCUUCCCACUGCUGUGCUGUACUGAUCUUAGAGGCCUGUUUGGAUUGACUUACUUUUAAUUGCUUUUAGGUUAGUGGGAUUAGUGUCCAAACUGUGAAAAAUUGCAUCUGUUUGGGAAAUUUUUAGCUGUUAUUCGCAAUUGAGGUACUGGUUAAGAACACUUUACAAUGGGAGAAGAAGAAAGGAGGAAUAUAUAUCAUCAACUUUCAAAAUGGGAAGUCUCAAAAGAAGAUUUGUUGCAUAUGUUACGAUAUAAUACCAACAAAUUGUUGCCUAAGAAGUUGGGAAUUUUUGAUCUGCGAAAAAUUUGUGUUAGCUCCCACGGGAUGACCUAUGGAGCAAUGGAGAGUGCCUGUUUUACUUGCAAAGGACUACUUGUCGAUGAAGGUGAUUCUUACUUCUGUAGCAGAUCAGGAACGAACGAACGUAUAUGUCGUAAAGAUAUGAUUCAUUAUGUAAAGGUUUCAGAGAAUCCUUGGCAAAUUCCAGAUACAGUACAAAACAUUUCAUUGAGAAAGUGGCAUAGGCAAGGGGGGAAUCUGAUUCUAGAGUUUAAUCAAGCCAUGAUCGAUCAAAGAAACUUUGUGAUAGAUAAAAUAAAGACACAUACGAUGAUGGACAAUGAAACAGAGCUGUAUAUAGAUGUUGAAGUUGUAUACAGUUAUUUUCUGGUCAAUACACCUGAUUUUUCAGAUAAAAAGUUCUCCAUUUGUCAAGUGUUAAAAAGUGCAGCAAACGUCACGUUUAAAUCUGAGGAGGAGGAAUUUUAUUUGAAAUUAGAUGAGAAUAUUUAUGCAAAACCUGUGCACUGUAUUCGACGCAUGAAGAAAAAAGAAGCAAUUGAAGAGUUUGAAACAAAAUUCCUCUACAACACCCACAUUGGGUGGGAGGAAUGGUGUAGUGGAGACAUCGAAUAUUCAUUCACUACUCAGAUGUUACCAUUGAGGAUUGUGAGUAGAUUACUUAAGAGGCAACCUGAAUGACUUAACAGAUCAGGAGAUUGAUGAUGUGUUAUCCUGGAGAAAUUGAAUGAUAAAUCCCUCGAUCUCCUCAUUAGCCUUUCUUCUGUUAAACUGUGAACCGUGGAAUGCUUCAUGUGGAGAGAACUCAGAAGCAGGGGUCUAUGUUUAGUCACUUUUCUUUCUGAUAGACAUCAUGAAGCAAGUUACUUACAUGUCUCUAGAUAAGUUGACUUCUCUUUGCUUUCUAAAUGAAUCAAAAAAAAAGUAUAUAGGAUGCCGAAGCUGAUGAACCUUUCCAUAUUGACGUUGUGGCUUUCUUUUGCUUGUACACACCUUGAUUAUUUCUCUAAAUAUGAAAUCCAGUGGCUUCAUACAUUGGUUCUAUUUUACAUGCACUUUUUGCAUGUAACUUUCUUUGUGGACCAAAAGAAUCAUUUUUUAAUUUAAGCUGGUGUAAAUUUUUAAGUUUAGAUUGUCUAUCGUCAUAUUGGCUUCCAGCGAUCAUUUGAUGCUUCUAGACUGCUACUUUGUUACCCGUUGUAGUGUUAUGUUUUACUUCCUCUAGUCAUGCAGUCAUUAACUCAUCCAACACUAAAUAGUUUUUUCUGGAAGACACUUUUAGAUUACCUGCAGUCUGAUUGUAGUUCCCGUCAGCUUAUAUUUUCAAACUAUUGAUCUCAGAUUGUUGCAAAUAUUGCUAAAGUGAUUCCUAAUAAAAACGUCAUCCACGUCAUCCUUCACCUUCCCUUUCCCUUCGCCAUUACCUUCUCCGUCUUUACCCUUACCUUUGCCACCACCUUUUCCGUUAUCGGCACCUUUCUCUUUUUUCUCUCCGCCUUCCUUCUUAGGCGGGACAAGUUCAACUUCCUUCUUCAAGUGCUUCUUCAACAUCUCUGCUAACGCCUUCAUGUCCAUUGACCCAGUAACAGUCACCAAAUCCUUGUCUACUUUCAUCUCCUUGUGCCCUGCACAAUCACACCAUCAAGGAUCAAUUUUCCAUCAUACCAUUCACAAAAGUAUACUUUACUUUCCUUUUUAAUCCGCCUCAUUUCAACUUUUCACGAUUCAAACAUUUUCUUUAUUCUCCAUACUACGUGUCUAAGUCAAAACUAACAAACAAAAUUGAAACGGAUUCUGAUACCUUUGAAUUUGGUGACAAUUUGUAGAUUUUCUGGAUACAUCCUUGACAAUGGAGAUGCAACUUCAACACUACGGUGGUAAUCGGAGGCUGUUAAACAAAUUGCGAAAGACAAAUGGAAUGGCAUUCAGACUCUCAAGAUGAACUGCUUAGCUUUGUUUUACUUUUGAUGUAAACAGGAUAUAUUUGUGCAAACUGAAGACAUUUGAUGUCCUAGACUACUUAUUAAGAAUAGAGAACGAAGGACUGAUGUAGUAUGUAAUACUUUUGAAAGUGGAUGUAGGACUAAUGGUUACCAUCCUCAAAAAAAAUUUAUGUAAGAUAUAUCUUAUUUUCCUUCCAA